UUAUGGCUUUAAUUUCCGCCUGUUACAUGAUACUUUUCGUAAGACUAUCGCAUUGUAUAUGUCAUGUAGUAUGUGUUGGGAUAAGCUCAGUUCAUUUCAUUACGUUUAUGCAUAUGUAAAGGUACAGCCAACGUUCACAAGAUAGAGAAAGGGAGAGAGAUGUGACUGUGACGUAUCGAAUCAGAAGAAGCUGUUUUAACAUGAGAGUAAUAGGUCUACGUAAACUAUCGUGGCUCGCAGGCGUAGUCCUCACGUUGAUAUUAUUAGAAUUUGUGAACCUUCACAUCAAUACAGCAACGGAAAAUUGGACCAAUGAACUCCCAAGGAACCAAAUUUAGUUAUUUGGAGGAAGGUGAAGAUGACAAAAUUAGUAUAGAGCCACUCAAAUUCGAAGCCCAGUCUGAAACAAAUUACACAUUUGAUGAAAACUUUGCUGCAAGAUGGCCUUCGUCUAUUAGUUGGCAGAAAACUAAAGACUCUAUUGAAAUGUAUAUUCUAUCUGCGUUUUAUGACGAUAGGCCAUCUUUGGGUUCAAGAACUGCAGCGGUACAAGUGCUGGCACUGUCCGAGCAGCCGUCUGUCGGAGUUCCCGCCCAAGGAGAUAUAUACUGCCAUCUAUGGGGCACUUCUCAGAAACCACUUGUCGUAAAAGCCCAGCGUAAUUUACUCGGAAUUGAGAGGAUGAAGAGAUAUUUAACAUUUCAUAAUAAAGGUUUCAGAUCAUAUAUUUGGAGCUGCAAAAUUAAGCGGGAUACAAAAAUACCGGUGUUUGUUUCUAUUAGUUACAGGACGAAUAUAACGACAUCUUUUAUGCCCGUCCAGAUACCGACAAAGCCCAAAGUAAAGCAAGAAUUUGCCGUUUGUCAGAGAUACUUUGGUCAUGUCGACCCUUACCUUAUUAUCGAGAUGAUGGAGUUAUAUAAAAUACUAGGCGUUUCAAAAUCUAUCAUAUAUAUCACAAAUUUAUCACCUGAGACGUCCAAGGUUUUGCUGCAUUAUUCGCAAGAGGGCUUCAUGGAGGUCGUCGAUUUUCAGACACCGUUUGAAAAUUAUCCUCGUUUUCCACCAAUGCAUAAACCAAACCACAUUAGAAUUCUUCAGGUCCAUUCUUACAAUGACUGUAUGUAUAGGAACAUGUAUAAAUACAAGCAUAUCAUUUUCACAGACCCCGAUGAGAUCAUCAUACCGAUGCAACAUGCAACAUACUCCGAUAUGAUGAAAGAAAUGAAGCUAGAUCUUGGCUUUGACGUACCAACGCCAUAUUUAUUCAAAAAUGUUUUUUUCUUUCAACAUUUCCCGCAAGAGGAAUCUGAGCCUGCUCAAGUGAGGUCAUUGCGAUUUCAAACUCGCCUGGCGCCGGGAAAUCCAUUCCCCGCAGUCAUAAAGGUAAUCCUCGAUCCAAUGUCGUGUCUUGGCUUACACAUACACCGAUGUUGGGUACAUACGCGUUUAGCCAAGCACAACUCGAUCGUCAAACCAAGUGUCGCAUUAAGUUUCCAUUAUAGAAAGUGUCACUUUGAAUUAGAAGAACAGGGAAAGUGCGAACAAUUCCUCAAUGAAACUAUAAGGGAAACAGCGAUGGUCAGCUUCAAAGAGAAACUGUUACCAGCCAUGCAACAACAGGUGGACGCUUUGGGAUUGGCCCCAAUUGGUUGAGGGACGGAUUUUAAUAUGGCCUAUAUACUAGUACUAUAGAACAUGUGGAAUUGGUAUAUGAUGUUGAUCGUUUUUCAAUACCAACCAAGUGUACAUAUAUUGUCAAAAAUUAGAACAUUAAAGAACAGAACAGAAAAAAUAUUUUAUAAUAUAACAAUUUUAAUGCCUGAAACAUGUGUUGAUUGUUCAGUGGGUAACAGAUCAGAGGCCUCAUUAUCAGUUAGUCGCAGAAUCGCAUGCGUAACGCUACGCAACGCAGCGCAACACCACGCAACGCAGCGCAUAUAUUUCCCAAAAAUUAUAUUAUCACUAUGACUCAACGUAGUUCUGACGCAAGAUAAUAGAUUUUCAGAACGCAAGUGAACAAAAACUUGCGAUAUGUCGCAAAUCAAAACGCAAACAUAGUGCAACUUUAGCACCCCAGUCACAUUUGUCGUAC